AUGUGACCCCAACCCCGCCUCCCUCCGCACCCCAUGAUGUCAGAAAAAACACGACAGGGAAAAUUCACCGCAGCCAAGAAAAAGUUAAAAGAAUAUUGGCAGAGGAAGAGCCCUGGUGUUCCAGCAGGAGCUAACAGGAAAAAGAAAAUCAAUGGCAGUAGCCCUGACACAACCACUUCUGCUGGUUACUGCUCACCUGGGGAUUCAGCAACAGGUGUCUACAGGGAGGGCCCUGUGUCAUCUACUACCCUGAAAGAUCUACAGAGCCAGUACCAAGAACUAGCAGGAGCCCCAGACUCAAGCUCCGCAAUAAUCAGUCAACUCAGUGAAAACAUCCAUUCACUGGAAGAGUCCAGUGGCGAGGAGAAGAAGCAUGAGAUAUAUCGGGUACAGAAGCUUGGGAGGAGCUUGUUCAAACUCAAACACCAGAGGGCUGAAUCCCCGGCCCCAGAUCCCCCAGCAGGGCCCUCUGAGGUGGAGCAGCUACAAGAUGAGACCAAACACCUAAGGAAGGAGCUAGAGAGUCUGGGAAGACAGCUCCAGGCCGAGGUGGAAAACAAUCAGACGUUGAAUCUCCUGAACAGGAGACAGGAGGAGAGGCUAUGUGAGCAGGAAGAGAAGCUACAUGAGCAGGAGGAGAGGCUAUCUGUGCAGGAGGAGAAGAUACGUGAGCAGGAGGGGAGGAUACGUGAGCAGGAGGAGAGGAUACGUGAGCAGGAGGGGAGGAUACGUGAGCAGGAGGAGAAGCUACGUGAGCAGGAGGAGAGGCUAUCUGGGCAGGAGGAGAAGAUACGUGAGCAGGAGGAGAGGAUACGUGAGCAGGAGGAGAGGAUACAUGAGCAGGAGAAGAGGAUACAUGAGCAGGAGGAGAGGCUAUGGGAGCAGGAGUGGCUGCCAGAACAGGAGAGGCUGCUGGAGGAGGUGAAGAAGCUCUUGGAACGGGAGAGACGGGAGGAGGAGGAGGAGAAGCUGCUAGAGCAUGAGAGGCUGCUGAACCAGGUAGAGAAGCUGCUGGAAGAGGAGAGGCUGUGGGAGCAGGAUGAGAGCCUGUGGGAGGAGAAGAGGCUGCCAGAGCAGGAAAGGCUAUUGGAGCAGGUGGAGAAGCUAUUGGAACAGGAGAGGUGGCAGGAGGAACAGGAGAGGCUGCUGGACCAGGGGAGGCUGCUGGACCAGGUGGAGGAACUGUUGGAACAGGAGAGGUUGUGGGAGCAGGAUGAGAGACUGCGGGAGCAGGAGAGGCUGCUGGAGCAGGUGGAGAAGCUUUUGGAACGGGAGAGGCGACAGGAGGAGCAGAAGAGGCUGCUGGAGGAGGAACAGCUGCUGGACCAAGUGGAGGAGCUGCUGGAACAGGAGAGGCUGCGGGAGCAGGAUCAGAGGCUGUGGGAGCAGGAGACACUGCGGGAGCUGGAGAGGCUGCGGGAGCUGGAGAGGAUGCUGGAGCUGGGGUGGGAAGCCCUCUACAAGCAGCAGGUGGAGCCACACGGCAGCUUUGAGGAGCUGAACAACGAGAACAAGAGUGCAUUGCAGUUGGAGCAGCAAGUAAAGGAGCUGAAGAAGCUGGGCGAGCUGAAAGACAGGGUAACCUCUGACCCAUCCAAGAAGGGCUGGGAGGUGGGCACCAGCCUCUGGGGAGGGGAGGUGCCAGGCCAGAGGCAGCUGCAGCCUGGGGGCAGGUCACCCCACCACUCUCCAGGGCAGUCCUAUGACUGUUUCUUGCUUCCUGCCCUCUGA